CAACGGAUCUAGCCUAACCAGCCUAACCAGAAGCUUCAUCAUCCAUACAGAAAUGUUUCAAGUGAAUCACUCGGAUUGGAGUGAUGCCCGAAGCCGUGGACUUUAAUUUUUGUUCCACACACACGUUUAAAUAAUAAAAAUAAAGCAAAUAAAGGCAAUUCAUAAUAAUGCCUCCCAAACGACGAAGAAGAUUUCAUGGACUCUAUUACCAUUCAUCGCCACCAAAAGUAAUGCCAAUGAAUCAGAAUGGACGCAAGCGACGUGACAAUGAUGAUUUCUCGGUGAAAUUAUCAACUAUACGUAUCUGGAUGCACGAAAAGGAGAUUGGCAAAUUGACUCGCAUUCUGUGGGCGGGCCAAGGACAUCGCCUAUGCCAACAGGCUAGCAAUAAUGGGCGUGUCAAGCGUUUUUUGGCAGCAGUACCGCACGUUAUGAAUGCCAUUAAGGAUUUGCAUCAGGCUGUUAUAGAUAAUAAUCUAGAGACCCUGCAAGUACAAUUAGAGCCACCAGUACCCGCUGCUUUGGUCACUUGCAAAGAUGGCAAUGGUUUGAAUGUUAUUCAUAAGGCAGCCGGUUUGGGUCAUACCAAGAUUUUGGAAUAUUUAAUUGGCAUAUGGCCGGAAGGUGCCCAUGAGAUAGACAUAACGGGCAAAACGCCGCUUCAUUGGGCUGCGAGUGCCAAAAAUAAUAUGCGCUGUUAUACGCUUCUCACCCAGGCGGGUUGUGACGAAGAGGCUUUGGAUUAUAAAAUGAAGACACCUUCGUAUUAUCGUCAUAAGCCUCAUGAAAUUGAGCGUGCCUUUUUGGUCUAUGUGCCGGAAGCUCCACGUGUUUCGCCCGAUAGCGUUACCGACUGGGAGGCCUUGAAUGAUGGCGAGAACGGGGUUGGUGGUGGUGGUGGGGGUGGUGAUCACAGUACAUCCCAAGAAAUUGGCAAGAAAGCGAUUUCGAAAAUCGUUUCUACCCAACAAAAUGGUCGCAAAUCUUUAGAUGAUAGUCUAGAGAAUACUUCAGAAUUGGAUACCAUUGAGGGUCUAAGUGCCAAUGAUGAGUUGGAAGACGAUGACCUAUCCAAGGUGGAGGAGAACGGCCAAGAGAAUGGCAAUGGCAAUGACAAUGGGGACGCAAUGAAACGACGUCCCGAAACCCCAGCCACAUUUGAUCACAAUGGUCAGGAGUCAGAAGAGAGUGAAGAUGUGGAGAAUGUGGCGAGAGAUGUAAGCCAAGCAACAGAAGAAAAUGGGAAUGAGAAGGAGGAAGUUGAAGCAGCAGAUCAGAAACAGCAAGAUGAAGAACAGGUUGAAAUGCAACAAGAAGAGGAGCAGAGCAAGCAGGAGGAGGAGCAGGAGGAGGAGAAGCAAAAUGAUGAGCAAGUUCUAAACGAAAAGACUGAUGACAUUGAAGAAGAGGCUAAGGAUGAUCAAGAAAAUGAUGAAACUGAAUUGGAUGAAAGGCAAACUAAUGGAGAUGAUGAUAAAGUAAAUGAUGAAGUGGCUGUUCCUGCUGAAAAUGAAGAUGAUAAUGCUUUAGCUGAGCCUCCUGCAGAGCCUAUUAAAGAUGAUGAUGAUGAUGAUGACGAUGAGGUACACAUUGGCGUACUCUAAACUUUGUGAACCCGUCCAAUAUCACCCCGCCCACAAAUACCCUUCUGUAUCUCUGUAACUCUCUCUCCCAAUCUACCUGUGUCUCUCUCUGUCUCUCUCUCUCUACAAGAAG